CUCUGCACUCUUCUCCGGUUCUUGACAUUCUUGGACUCAAAUUCAAGACGCAAGUCUGCUUCUCUCCCAUAAAAUCCCGUCAAUAUCUCUACGAAUCCAAAUCCACAAGACUCGUAACUUUUUUCUACCAGACAAGGUAAACAGUUUUCGUGAUCUUCAGAGAAAACGUCCAAAAUGAAAACACCUCUUUUCAUUUAUUUAAAGGGAAUUAAUACUAUCUCAUUUAAGACAUUCUGGGAUUUGAUUUACUGGGAUAUGAAUCCGGAAUUUUCUAUUACCAUAUUCAAGAAAGAAACUUCAACAUCCCCCAUUUAAUAUAUAUUUAAAAUUAUUAAAAUUAACCGUAUUUAUUUUAUAUUCUAAAACCCAUAAAUUAUUUACCCAUCUCAAUACUCAGAACUUGAUAUUACUUUUACAGUCUCAUUUUGUUAUGCUAUUUAUUACAAUUUCACCAUUAAAGUUCUGGACAGAAUGAGAACUGAGAAAGUAACUACUUAAAUGUCAUUAAAUUUUCUCUCUUUUUCCUCUGGACGUGUGAACUUAAUGGAUGUUUCAACCAAUGAAGCAAAACUAUUGUCAACACGUUUAGCAUUGGUUUCUUUGAGUACUUUUCAAUCGAGGGUUUUCUAGGGUCUGGGCGUGCGGGAUUCGAACAAAGACCCGCUUGAUUCCCGGACAAUCAUGGACGACUCGACGGGUGGGCUCGCCAACGGCUCCGGCACGAACUUCGCGUUCGCCUUUAACGACAGCAAAUUCUCCGAUCGCGUCCUGAGGAUUGAGAUUAUUCGCGAUUCUUCUGUGUCCACAUGGGAGGAUAUUAUGAAAGAGACUGAUGAUGAAGCUGCACCUGGUAAGGAUUCAUUGUGGAGCAUGGACCGUGCAACAGUUCUUAGAGUCAAAACCUUACACAUAAGCUCUCCAAUUUUAGCAGCAAAGAGUCCAUUUUUUUAUAAGUUUCUUUCAAAUGAUGUUAGAGAGUCAGAGCAGCAACAUGUAACUCUACAGAUUCAUGCAUCUGAGGAAGCAGCCCUCAUGGACCUUCUUAAUUUCAUGUACAGCAAUACUUUGUCAACAACAACAGCUCCUGCACUGUUGGAUGUGCUGAUGGCUGCUAACAAAUUUGAGGUUGAAUCAUGCUUGAGAUAUUGUAGCCGGUUAUUAAUGAACCUGCCAAUGACUUGCGAGUCUGCAUUGCUUUAUUUAGAUCUACCUUCUAGUGUUUCAAUGGCUGAUGGAGUUCAGCCAUUGACUAAUGCAGCAAAACAGUUUCUUGUUGUACGCUACAAAGACAUAACCAAGUUUCGUGAUGAGGUGCUAAACUUGCCCCUGGCUGGUAUUGAGGCAGUAUUGUCCAGUGAUGAUCUCCAAGUACCUUCAGAGGAUGCUGUAUAUGAAUUUGUGCUGCAAUGGGCUCGAACUCAUUACCCAAAACUUGAGAACCGAAGAGAGAUCCUUGGCUCACGGCUUCGUCACCUCAUUCGUUUUCCAUACAUGACCUCCCGAAAACUAAGGAAGGUUUCUACUUGCAAUGACUUUGAUCCUGCCCUGUUGACAAAACUUGUGCUUGAGGCUCUCUUUUUCAAGGCUGAGGCACCGCACCAGCAGCGCUCCCGUGCUGCAGAGGCCAGUGCCACCUGUCGGCAAUAUGUGGAGCGGGCAUACAAAUAUCGCCCAAUCAAGGUGGUCGAAUUUCAACUGCCCCGUCAGCAAUGUAUUGUUUACCUGGACCUGAAGCGGGAGGAGUGUGAAUGUCUGUUUCCAGCUGGUGUUGCUUACUCACUGCCUUUUCAACUGGGUGGGCGAUGGUUUUUCUUGUCAGCCCACUGCAACUUGGACCAACGAGGCUUACACAGCUUUGGACUAUUUUUGGUGAUUCUAGAGAAGCGAUCAGUUAGUUUUACAGUUGAGUAUGAGUUUGCAGCGAGGUCCCAGCCAAAUAAGGAGUUUGUAAGCAAGCACAAGGGAAAUUGUAAUUUCGCAGGAGGGAAGGCCGUCGGGUAUCAAAAUCUGUUUGGAAUAACCUGGACGGCAUUCAUGGCUGAUGACAGCCUCUAUUUUAUCAAUGGUGUUGUCCAUCUAAGAGCUGAGCUUACCAUCAAGCAAUGAGCCCUCUGCCCUUUAAUUUUAGGUCUCAUUUUGGCUGUUAAUAGUUGCAUUAUCAGAAUAAUAAAUGUUCGUUCCUUCUCAAAUGUAAUGUUUUCUUUGGAAGUCUGAAACGAAUACGGCCAAAUAUACUCGCUGUAAAGAGACGUGGAUGGGCCUACUCAAAGUAAAUACUCAUAGGGUAGUUCACCUUAGAAAAGCAACUAUUUAUUUUUGUUUCUUAGGAUCCCCCCCAA